CCCUUUUGUGUGCGCAGUUGUCCCGUAGCUUUGUCAUCGUGCAAAAGCCUCUCCAGCCGAGUGGUCUCAACAUUAGUUCUCAUUUGCAUCAAAGAGUUUUUAAAGUUCACUGCUUGGAUCAAUCGCUGAAUCGCCAGACGGGAGGGGCCACAUUACGUCACGAACAAAUAAAAUUACAGAAGCAAAAUCAUCCCGGCUGGGACUGAAACAUCCGAAAUUUCAUACAGGAAAUCUAUACUAACCGGCGUGCCUGACGUUCGACUGGGGUGAACUUCCGUGCCAUUCCCAAUUCACUUCUAAAUUUAACGGCAGUCCUCACUCUACAAAGUCUAUAUAUCAUUCGCUGACGGUUUCUCUGUGACGAAAAAGCCAGCCACGAUCAUUCCCCCUAAAUCCUUAUCAGAAAAAAAGAAAAAGAAGAAACAAAUCCAAUCAAUAUGGGAAAUAGCACAAAUUCCGCUGCCGGGGGCGAUGGCGCUGAUGCAGACUCCAAAAUGCACGGAGCCGUGAUCGGAGUUGGUGUAGGAUUGGCCGCCGGUUUUGCUGCACCGUUGAUGGCCGGCGUGGCCUUGUCGGCCAUGGGAUUCACGAGCACAGGAAUAGCUGCGGGAUCGCUGGCCGCUUCGUGGGAGGCUUCCGGCGGGAGUCUUUUCUCAACCCUGCAUUCCGUUGGCAUCUCAGGCAUCAGCGGAGCUAUGGCCGCCGGGCUCGGGGCCGUUUUUGGCACGGCCGCUGUCGUUUUGACAACUCUCUUCAGAAAAACGAAGCCGGAACUAACUGAAGCGAAAAUUGAACCGGUUGAGGAGAAACCCGUCAUGGCUACCGCCCGAGCUCAAUCCGCUGGACGCUGCCCAGCAGCAACUGAACCUGUCAUGCCAGGGAAGCGAGAAGAACAGGUGAAAAAGGAAAACUUGGCAGAUGAAACGGUCUCGGUUCAAAAGAUCACCAGCACCGUCCAACACAGUGAAGCCGUUGCGGAAGCGGAGAUUGUGAGUAUUCCGGAAUCGAAAGGAUCGCAAGACGAGGCAGUUGUCCCCAUUCAACCGGAAGUUCAUUUUACAGCUGUUACGGCCAUUGAAGAUCAAAUCGAGAACCAAAUCAUUCAAGCAACAAACGAUGUGAGAAACAAAAAACAAGUUAAAGUAGAAGAAGAAAAGAAACAAGAAGAAGAAGAAGAAGAAGAAGAGGAAGUAGAAGAAUUAUGUUAUCCAGUCAAACCAGCGACGUUUAGCGAACACAUUCUGGCAGCUAGAGAAGUCAUGGAACCAACACCAGUUGCCUCACCGGUGCAAUCGGAGUUGGUUGCAGAGAGAGAUGAUAAUCAAGAAGAGGAAGAAGUAGAAGAAGAAGAAGAAGAAAUGGUUGUCGUUAAAGCUGCUGUAAGCACAGAAGCUGCUCCUCCAGUUAAAGAUGAAGUCAUUAGCAGAAUUACAACAGUUCCAGAUGAAAUGAAGGAAGUACAAGAAGAAAAAUGUGAGGUAGCCAUUACUGCAGCUGUUACGGCUGCAGCUAGUCCGGUAGUACAACAACCGGAAGUCGAAGAGGAAGAAGAAGAAGAGGAGGAAGAAGAGGAAGAAGAAGAAGACGAGGAAGAGAUGGUUAUACUUCCUUCAGCAAUUGAAGUAGCUCAAACGCAAGAACCUGAAAAGAAAGUAGAAGAAAAAGCCAUCGUCAGCACUCCCGCACCUAUUGUAGAAGCGCAAACAAAGCCCGAAACAAAGGAAGAAGAAGAAGAAUAUGAGGAGGAAGAAGAAUACGAAGAAGAGGAAGAAGAAAAAGUUGUUGUCAAAACGCCUGUUGCAAUUGUCGAAACUCAAGUAAAGAAACCUGAAACUAAGAAAGAAGAGGAAGAAGAAGAAGAAGACGAAGAAGACGAAGAAGAGGAAGAAGCAAACAUUCAAGAGACAGCAAUCAAAGCGCCUGCAGAAGUGAAGCCCGUAACUGCGAUGGCUGAACCAGAAGUCAAACCCGUAACUGCGAUGACUGAGCCAGAAGUGAAACCACCGAUCGACCCAACCAAAAACCAGUAAUCAUGUCACAGUCAAACGUCCUAUUAACAAGUGCGUGAACAAUGGAUGAGGUUAGCUCGACAGCUAAUGGUGCGCAAACCUUGACAUAAAAAUGUGAUUGAACCAAGUGUAUUGCCAGUAAAAAAAAGCAAUUUCUAUCGUUAUUAAUCCAACGUAGCUAUUCAAAAAAAAAAAAAAAAAAAGGACAUUGUAUUAACCAAUUUUUUUCCCCCUCCUAUUCUUGCUAUUAUUCUAUCGGCGGUCGGUAAAAAAAAAAGCGAAUGAAUUCUAAGUCUUUAAAUGAUCAUAACGAAAUUUCAGUCAGGAGAAGGGACGCCUUAAUGAGAAAAAAUCACGUCGGAAAGAAAAGUUAAACAAUAAAAUGAUUUAAUGGAAAUGCCAGGAGGGGCAAAAGAAAAAGUGUGUCUUCCAUUUCCGAUUUGGGGUUUCUCAGUUUGGGUAUCACGGGAUACGUCGGUUAUCACAUUUGGUUUAAUAAUUCUCUUUAACGAAACGUUUCUUUUAGGCAGUAAAAAUGCGUCCCUAAUACGGAAAGCAAAAACUGGAAAUCAUCAGUUUUGUUGGAACGCAAUUCAAAAUCCCUCACACGACGACGAAAUGAACGCGUGAUUUCCGGUAUCGCGUGAUCAACCCACCUAUCCUCUACAUGACGGGAGGGAGUAGAAAAAUAGUUAAACUCUAAAUGAAAUGAUUGGAAAUCCAAGGGGAAAAAACACAAGUCCCUUGCCUAGUAACAAAAACAUGUGAUUGCAAUCAAGACGCUAGUUUCGAUGGAAUUCUUUACGUACUCACCAUAGUGACCAGACGAUGGUCCCGAUACAUCCCCAAA